GGAAAUCUCUUUACCACGUUUAACGAAUAUAAUUGACACGUGGUAGCCGUUCAGCAACCAAAGUCUUUUCCACCUACGGUUCUGUGAAAAGACAGUUGGGCAGGUAGAACCAACAGCGUGGUUCGACCAAAUUGUGUGGCAGUUACCCUCUUAAACAGAUUCUCCUCGCAGCUGCCAGUUUCAAGCUUGUGCAAAGUCGGCCAUUUGUAGGGUGGCCCAGGAACCUCCCACACAAGCAACUGUGCGGAGCUUCAAGUUUAUCAAAGCAGCAAUUGAAAGGAGUCAUUCAGUAAUCUACAAUAACCUACCUGAAGGUCGUUUAAACGCUUUGGACGCGGCAAUGGCACAACAGGGCUUUGAUGUGGCGGAUGCGCAAGCUAUUAGCUCUGGGGCCGCUGGAGUCAUCGUGCAUGUUAAUCCAGAUGAGACGGAGCUGCCUAUUUUUCUUGCGUGGAAGGAACUCACGGUAACUGCGCGAAGGCAGAAGCGCCCUCUUCUCAACCAGGUCACAGGAAAGAUUACUUCUGGGUUCUACGCAAUUAUGGGCCCUUCUGGGAGCGGCAAGUCAACCCUCCUAAAUGCGCUAUCUUGCCGCCUUGACCGCGGAGUAAGCAUGUCUGGUGAACUGAAGCUCAAUGGUCAACCAUACGGCAGCACGGAACUGAAGCUCAUGUCCGGAUACGUCAUGCAGGACGACUUGCUGAACGCGCACUUGACGGUUGAGGAGACUCUUCGCUACACGGCUGAGCUGCGGAUGCCUCGCACUACCACCCCCGAGGAGCGGAUGGCGCGAGUGGAGGAGGUCAUGCAACAGGUCGGCCUCUCCCACGUUCGCAGUGUGGUGGUGGGCAGCCCUCUGAAGAAGGGCAUCAGCGGUGGGGAGCGCAAGCGGCUAUGUGUGGCCAUGGAGCUGUUAACCAAACCAAAACUGCUCUUCUUGGACGAGCCCACUAGCGGUUUGGACAGCGUCACUGCGCUGUCGCUGUGCAAGCUGCUGCGCCGCCUGGCGGCCAGCCGCACUUGCACCGUCGUGUGCACCAUCCACCAGCCCCAAGCCAAGAUUUUCAACCUGUUCGACCAGCUGCUGUUGCUCAAUCGGGGGACUAUUGUGUACCAGGGCCCGGCUCAGGGCGCACUGGACUUCUUCGACCGCUCGGGAUUUCCCUGCCCGGCCUACGAGAACCCCGCAGACCACUUUUUGGACGUCAUCACCCCCAGCAUGAACGACAGCGUGGAGAGCCUGGUGGAGAAGGAGGAGAAAUUGAAGCGGCACUACACGCCACCGGCGGUUGACCACUUGUUGGGGAGCCCCAAGCCGCUCAUCCUGCCUCGCGACACGACUCCCUGGUCGAAGCAGUUUCAGGUGCUGUUGCGGCGCAGCCUCAAGGAGACUUGGCGCAAGCGCAGCGCCACGUACGUGCUGCUUGCUCAGACGGUGGUGAUGGCCGUCCUCAUUGGCACGGUGUUUUUGCGUAUCGGCACGAGCCAGACCUCCACCACCCGCCGCCAACCCGUGCUCUUUUUUACAGUCAUUAACCAGGGUAUGUUCGGCGCUUUGAUCGUCAUCAACUCCUUUCCUUCCGAGCGCCUGCUAUCCCUCCGAGAACGCGCCGCCGGCACCUACCACGUCAGCGCGUACUUCUUAGCGAAAAUCACAGCAGAAACGAUUUCACAGCUGCCGGCUCCGAUCCUCUUCUCCUGCAUCGUCUACUUCCUGGUCGGCUUCCAGCUGGUGGCAUCCAAGUUUUUCAUCUUCAUGGCGUUUAUGGUGCUUUGCUCGCUGUCUGCUACCAGCCUUGCUCUGGCCGUGUCGGCAAUUGCAAGGACAACGGACAUGGCGGUCACAGUGCUGCCCAUGGCUCUGGAAGUGUGCCGCCUUUUCGGCGGCUUCUUCCUAUCACCCGCCAACAUCCCGCUGUACUUCAAGUGGCUCAACGCGCUUUCGUACGUGCAGUACACGUAUGUGGGCAUUUCCCUGAACGAGCUUCACGGGCUGAAGCUGUACUGCGCCCCCAACCAGAUCAACAGCUCGGGCAAGUGCCCCGUCACAUCCGGAGAGCAAACCAUCAAAGCGCUCGGCUUGGACUACAUCUCCAUUGGCGGCUGUGCAGGGGUGCUCAUCGGCUACAUCAUUUUCUGCCGGGUUGUGGCGUACCUGGGAGUGCGCUUCAUCAAGUACUAGUUAUCAACAAGAGGCUGCUUGUGUAUUUUGCUACCAAUUUUGGGUGUACCAAUAUCGUACCGUGUAUGCGAAAUACUGCUUAGCAAGUGUUGCCGCGAUACUACGAAGAUUAUACCUGCUAUACACGCACAAGUGGCUGGCGCUGUUACAUGGCCGGUGCAGAUGUGGUGGGCCACAUGUGGCUGCAAGAGCGUGCUUUUACUUGGGUACAGCCGUAUUAAUUCUUAUUAUCAUUAUUAUUAUUUCUGCACAUUAAUUGUGCAGUGGAAACUGAUGAAUGUUAACUAUCUAAUUGUAACACAAAACGUGCACCGUUAUAACCUGAUGCAGGACUGUUCCGUACGCAUGUAUGUGCUGUGUUUAUACCUCAUCUAUGAUAUGUACCACCUCUGCUGGGGCGCGUGCAUGCGUGUGUGCGUGCACAGAGAGAACUAUCCAUCAACCGGGGAGCUCAUCCCUGGACUGGAUUUGCUGUAAUCCUACGUGG